UCUCUUUCGAACGCUUCUUUGACACAAAGACGGCGCUGAAAAUGUCUCCAAACAUGACUUUCGAAGCUAUUCAGUCUUUUUCUCCAAGGCCAACCGUGGCCAAAAGAAAACAAGCUCUUGAGCUCAGAAAGACUAUGAAACCGUUGAUGGAAAAAAGAAGGCGCGCUCGUAUCAACGACAGCCUGAACCACUUGAAAAACCUCAUCGUUCCCCUCACAGGCAGAGAUAAGACUCGUUACUCCAAACUUGAGAAAGCAGACAUUCUGGAAAUGACUGUGAGGUUCCUCAGUGACAUCCCAUCGGUUAACGUCAAAGACUCUGCAGACGGUUACAGAGAAGGCUACAAAGCCUGCCUCCAGCGCGUCUCCACUCUGGUUCCCAAAACUAGCCUGGAUCAAGACGCGUGCCAGCGGGUCAACGACUUCGUUCAGCAGUCUAUGUCUGCCACAGUCACCCCGACCUGCCUGAACUGCUGCGCUCAGAGCUCCAGAACCAUCCCUCAGAUCCAGCAGAGACUCCUGAGCCUCAAAUCCAGCUUCAGCCCCAGACUGGAGAGCCAGUCCCGCAGCAGCAGCUGCGGUGCAGUGGCCCCCAGAGCACAGCCAAGCAUGCAGCCUAUCAACGCUGCUAUGUGGAGACCUUGGUAGAUUUUUAGAACGCAUUCACUCGUCGUCACUUGUAAAUAUACGCACUGAUUUAGUGUCUCGUUUCCGUUGAUGAAAAGCCAGAAUUCAUCGUUAAAUCGUAUUGUUGAGUAUUAUAUACUUAAAUUUUGCGCGCGAGUCUGUUGUCCUGCAUGAGUUGACAAGUUUAGACGGUCGUAUUUUUUUAAAAUCUGCAUGUAUGUAACGGUAAAUAUUUAGUCAUCUUCGCGGACUAAGUUGUUAAGGGCUAUUGAAACAGCCCUGUAAGACCCAAAGGGUCAUUGUAUGUAUACAUUUGCACUAUAGACGUCAGUGUUCUGAGUCUGUGCAGAUGAAAUUGUAGACACGUUAUGUGUCACUGUAAGUAUCUCUG